AUGGCUGGAGAGGAUUUGAUUGAGCUCAAAUUCAGGCUUGGAGAUGGCACAGACAUCAGACCGAGCAAGUAUAGCCCUAGUACCACUGUGGUAUCUCUCAAACGAAAGAUACUUGCUCAAUGGCCUAAGGAUAAAGAAAAUGUUCCAAAGAGUAUAAAUGACGUGGAGCUUAUUAAUGCUGGAAAGAUACUGGAAAACAAGACACUUGCUGAGUUCAGACUCUCAAUUGUCGAACUUCCAGGAGGGAUCAUCACUAUGCACAUUGUCGUGCGUCCUCCUUUUUCAGACAAAAACAGUGAAAAACUGCACAAUGAUUUCCUGAAGAACAGGUGUUCAUGCUCCAUCAUGUAAACCCCAAAGAUGACAAGAUUGACAAUGCUUCAUCAGUUGGUCUCUCUAUGUCUCUCUCCAUGCAUUGGAUGAUCACUGAGAGAUUCGUUU